AUGGACAACGCCUUCAAAGUGGAAGUCCGCGCCGCCUGGCUCGAGCGAGUGGUGGUCAAUGGCACCGAUCUGGUGUCCGCCCCAGAACCGCUGAAGAACGACAGGAGUUUCCUCCUGGAAGCAGUGCAGCGCACGAAGGCUUCGUGGUUGCUCAAGUUGUGCAGCGAGGAACUCCAGGAAGACGCAGAACUGGCCAAAGAGGUUGAUGAACUAGCUGGGACCGGGCUGAUCUUCACAUAUUACGAGAACUUCGAUUGCUUCCAACACAUGAGAAAAUUCUUCAUGGCCACCGGCGCCUCCGUGCCCGGCGGCGAGGCCUAUGACGAAGUCAUGGAGGUGUUGGAGGAGACCGACGGAGGAUCAGCGACAGUCUGGUUUGGCGACACGCCAGUCUUUGGCUUUGCUGCCAACAACGGUGAGUGGAUCCACCCCCCCUACGAAUGUGGCAGGGACUACAAGCCUGUGCCGGCCGCCAACUCCGAGCGCGAGCCCAUGUGGCACUCGGACGUGGAAUCGCGCAAAGGCAGCUUUACACCGGAAGCCGAAUCGAGGCACCCCUGUUGGUGCUGUCAUUGGCUCCGCGAGGUUCGGAAGAAACACGAAGAAGGUGCUGUUAUAGGGUGUGCCAUAUCGAACAUCUACUACCCGUCCUGGGUUGACAAAUAUGGCGCUGCCUCUUCGGAGCUCUCUGAUGCAGCAGCUGAAGAGUUUGGCCUGCGGAAGGAGCAGUUCCGCAACGGCCGACCGGAGAAUUGGGGCAAAGGGAUGAUCAGAGUGAGCCGCCGGGGGCAAUCCUGGCAAUUCUCCCGCGAGGCGCCCGUACAUCCGCACACUCGAAAGCCACUGGGUGAGGGUUGCCGCUGGGAGCGCCAAGCGUUGGACGGGAUGGGUUUUGCCGUCUACGCUUUUUUUAUGCCUUGA